AUGAAGAUCGACUACAUUCGAGUGUACCAGGACAGAGGAGACGACCUCGAGGACGACAACUACAUGUCGAUCGGCUGUGAUCCGGCCAGUCACCCCACCAAGAAGUGGAUCGAGGGGCACAUUGACGAGUUCGUGGACGACGACAACCCGUGGAAGGAAGUGUCGGGAAAAGCCUUUUGCAAGAUCGACGACGACUGUACAAUUGGCGGGAACGUCGGCGCGUCGGCGCUAAAGACUGGCAAAUGCGUCAAGAACCGCUGCCAAUGCACCUACUCGACGUCGUGGGGCGGUCCGCGUUGUACGACGGCGCUGGCUGGAUCGACCAGUUCGAGUGCCAGUAGUCUGUCGAAUCGUGCGUACGGCCCGCCCAUGGGUUUGUCCAUGGGUGUCGCUGCCGUCAUCGUCUUCUUGUCGAUCGUCUCGGUGUACAUGAGUAUAGCCUCGAUGAAGAAGCAGGCGGCGCUCUUGACCAAGACGAGCGCUCAGGCCAAAAUGGCGGCUAAUAGUAUCGACGACGGUAGUGUCAACCACGGCAACUCAACUGGCCAGAGACCCAAAGACAACUACAGCCAGAACUUUGUCUAA